GCUGCGGACUCGGUGCUGGAAUGAGGAGUAACUGAGCCCGAGCCGAGCCGAGGUAGCGUCUCCUCCCGGUGUCAUUGCUGCAGCCUCCAGUGCCGGGUCCGAGGUCCUCAGCCGCCUGGCUCCCCGGCGCCCAAGCGCCCGGCACACGCAGCCCAGGCGCCGCCGAAGUUGCGGGGCACAGGACUCCGGAGGAGGCAUUGGCUCCUGAACUUUUCACGUCAUUUGCUGCUCGGGGCCCCUUCUCGCCGCUCGGCGCAGCCGUUCCCACCGCGAGUCCCCGGUGCUCAUGGGGCAGGGCAAGAGCCGCUUGCAGCACUGAGCCGAACCGGACUCGAGCCCCGUGAUGUCCGGCACCAAACUGGAGGACUCACCCCCGUGUCGCAACUGGUCAUCCGCCUCGGAGCUGAAUGAAACUCAAGAGCCCUUCCUAAGCCCCACCGACUAUGACGACGAGGAAUUCCUGCGGUACCUGUGGAGGGACUACCUCCACCCGAAAGACUACGAGUGGGUCCUGAUCGCGGGCUACAUCAUCGUGUUCGUGGUGGCUCUCAUCGGGAACAUCCUGGUGUGUGUGGCAGUGUGGAAGAACCACCACAUGAGGACGGUGACCAACUACUUCAUAGUCAACCUUUCUCUGGCUGACGUGCUCGUGACCAUCACCUGCCUUCCAGCCACACUGGUUGUGGACAUCACUGAGACCUGGUUCUUCGGAAAUUCCCUCUGUAAGGUGAUUCCUUACUUACAGACCGUGUCCGUGUCGGUGUCUGUCCUCACACUGAGCUGCAUUGCCCUGGAUCGGUGGUAUGCGAUCUGUCAUCCUUUGAUGUUUAAGAGCACAGCCAAGCGGGCCCGGAACAGCAUCAUCAUCAUCUGGAUUGUCUCCUGCAUCAUAAUGAUCCCUCAGGCCAUCGUCAUGGAGUGCAGGGCCAUACUCCCCUCAUUGGCCAAUAAAACCACGCUCUUCACAGUGUGCGAAGAGCGGUGGGCAGGUGAAAUUUACCCCAAGAUGUAUCACAUCUGUUUCUUUCUGGUGACAUACAUGGCACCUCUGUGUCUCAUGGUGUUGGCCUAUCUGCAGAUAUUUCGUAAACUCUGGUGCCGACAGAUCCCUGGCACAUCAUCUGUGGUUCAGAGGAAAUGGAAGCCCCUGCAGCCUGUUUCACAGCCUCGAGGGUCAGGACAGCAGACCAAGUCCAGGAUUAGCGCCGUGGCUGCUGAAAUAAAGCAGAUCCGAGCCAGACGAAAAACAGCCCGGAUGCUGAUGGUGGUGCUUUUGGUAUUUGCAAUUUGCUAUCUACCAAUUAGCAUCCUGAACAUGUUAAAGAGAGUAUUUGGGAUGUUUACCCACACAGAAGACAGAGAGACUGUGUAUGCCUGGUUUACAUUUUCACACUGGCUUGUAUAUGCCAAUAGUGCUGUGAACCCAAUUAUUUAUAAUUUUCUCAGUGGAAAAUUUCGAGAGGAAUUUAAAGCUGCAUUUUCAUGCUGUUGCCUGGGCGUUCACCAUCACCAGGAGGAUCGGCUCGCCAGGGGGCGGACCAGCACAGAGAGCAGAAAGUCUCUGACCACCCAGAUCAGCAACUUUGAUAACAUAUCAAAACUCUCAGAGCAAGUCGUGCUCACCAGCAUAAGCACACUCCCAGCAGCCAAUGGGGCCGGGCUGCUUCAAAACUGGUAGAAUAUUGAUUUACAUUACAAGGAUGCCUGAGUAAAAUGAUUCCUUUUUUUUUGAAAUCUCUGUUCACGGAAAUUUUAUGAUCUGACCCAUCUGAAGCUAAAAUUACUUUCUGGACCCAUGUUUUUGCAAAAGAAAAACCUAUUGCUCUUUGGAAAUAAAGGUCAGU